AUGGACAUCGAAGGUGCGCUGCCAUUCGCUGCAGGUAUUGCUAUUGGGCUUGGUAUUGGCUUGGGCCUUCUACUUCUUGGCUUAAGUGCAAUGUUCAUCCUCCGUAGAUGGAGAAGAGGCGUCCAAAAGAGACUGAGAAUGAAGUAUUUUACAAAGAACCACGGCCUCCUUCUAGAACAGCUAAUAUCAUCGAGUGAAGAUGCAAGUGAAAAGACAAAGAUUUUCUCUCUGGAAGAGUUAGAGCGGGCAACAAAUAACUUCGAUCACACACGGAUCCUUGGCCGAGGAGGCCAUGGCAUGGUGUACAAAGGCAUCUUAUCUGACCAGCGUGUAGUGGCUAUUAAGAAAUCUAAUGUCAUUGAGCAAGGUGAGAUUGACCAAUUCAUCAAUGAGGUCGCCAUCCUUUCACAGAUCAACCACAGAAACAUCGUAAAGCUUCAUGGCUGUUGCCUUGAAAGUGAGGUCCCACUACUAGUGUAUGAUUUUGUUCCUAAUGGUUCCUUGUUUGAAAUCCUUUAUUCUGAUCCAAGCAACAAUUUUUCUUUGUCCUGGGAUGUCUGCCUAAGAAUUGCUGCACAAGCUUCAGGAGCUCUCUAUUAUCUCCAUUCUGCAGCUUCCAUAUCAGUCUUCCACCGUGAUGUCAAGUCUUCUAAUAUACUCCUAGAUGCAAACUACACUGCAAAAGUUGCUGACUUUGGUGCAUCAAGAUUGGUGCAUAUAGACCAGACUCAUGUUACAACACAUGUACAAGGCACAUUUGGGUACUUGGAUCCGGAGUAUUUUCGCACUGGGCAUCUAACUGAAAAGAGCGAUGUGUACAGCUUCGGUGUCAUGCUUUUAGAGCUACUUCUCAGAAGGAAGCCUGUUUUUACUGGUGAGUCAGGCUUAGCCCAUAGUUUAUCUUGUUACUUUCUUGCGGAGAUGCAGAAGAGGCCUAUAAGAGAGAUAGUCGCUGCUCAAGUUCGUGAAGAAGCAACCGAGGAAGAAAUUUUCAGUGUUGCCUCUCUCGCAGAGAAGUGCCUACGUAUCCAAGGUGAAGAAAGGCCUACGAUGAAGGAAGUAGAGAUGUCUUUGCAGGUUCUGCAUAAGAAACAUUCGAUGUCAUCCCAUGUUACUCGAGAAAAUGGUAGAGCUGAAGCUGAUGUUUCAUCUCACUCAGCUAACGGAGUUGAUCCAGUCACCGCAAACAACCAAAGAUGUUAUAGCUUGGAGCGAGAGUUCAUAUCAUCUGCCAGCUUACCACGCUAAGUGUGUUCUUCAAUGUUUUGCUGCUCAUCCAUUCCACUUAUGUUUUCUGAGAGUGAGAGUGUCAUAGUAUAAGCUCUGUUUUUUCCUUAGUUGAAUAAGGGGUCGGCCAUGCAGCGUGCGAAUGUUGACACCUUGGCGGAUUCUAUUUGAUAUUUAGUUAGCUCGCCCUGGAUAAAUCAUGGGAUGGCACGAGGUCACGCGGUCAUUAUAACUAAAGAAGAAAGUUGCAACUGUUUUAUG